CGAGCUGAGCUGGCACGGGCUUCUAGGCAGCGUGUAUGCACCACCUCCGUUCAGCAUCCGGCGGACGCGCAGACUGCCCGCCGGGGCGGCUCCCUGGGGGCGGGGGGAGGAGACGGCGGGCACCUCGCCCCGUGAGGGCAGUCGGCCUCCGCGGGCGGAGGGCCGCGUCCCCAGCCGGAGUCCGCGCUCCCGAAGGCGCCCGCGCCUCACACCCGAAGCCCACCGUAGGGCGGCCACGCCCGGCCCCCGUUCCCCAGCCGGACGGCAGGACGUCGCGCCCCUAAACCCCAGAGAAGGAAGUGUCAGGACCACCCGGGGUCGGGGAAACGAGCAAGGCCGGGGAGGGGGUAGAAGGGGCCGGGGGGUUGGGAACGAGCUCCGCGGCCGCCCCCGGAACCCAAAGAGCGAGGUCGCGGCCGCCGGAGGACGUGUGUUCGCACAGCACCGCCCCCGUGUGACCCUCCCGCCCCUUCCGGCGCGGAAGGAGGAUGUGGGCGACGUGCGGGGUUCUGCGGGGCAGGGCCCUCGGUGUGGCGCGGUCCCCGGGGGCCCGGGCCUACGGUGGGGGCGGGGGCGUCGCCUACACGCAGGGCCAAAGCCCAGAGCCGCGGACGCGCGAGUACUUUUACUACGUGGAUCACCAGGGCCAGAUUCUGCGGCCCCCAGCUAGGGACCGCCCCGCCUGCUUGGAAGCCCUGGCGGGGGCAUCCGCCAUGUACAGGAGGAAGCAAGUCAGGUCGCCUCCGCGGAGGAGGUGGCCCAUCGCAUUAGAAACCUGAAGGGAGGAGGGAAGAGGUGCGAGAAAGUCCUGCCAGCCCAGAGAACCUGUGCGUGAGGAAGCAAGGCCGGGGGUGCGGGGUAGAUGUAGAGAUGUC